UUGAUAAGUGUUGUUCGUAAUUUUUAAAGUAGUGGCAUAGUUUACAUAAAUGUUAUUAAUCCAUAAAAAUGAAUUCUCAUUGAGAUAUUAAAAAUACAUUUUUUUUAUAAUCGUUGUUAUGUACACGAUCCUUUAUCUGUCGUCGCGGCCAUAUUAUUAGGUUCACGGACGUUGAUAUAUAACUAAUCUCUUCAUUGGACAUUGUACUGGAUAAAGAACAUGGCAUGGCAUUGCAGCGGUACUACAAAUCAAGAAAUGGUAUCCAAACUAAAAGAUGCGGGUAUCUUAACAACAGAUAGGGCAGAAGCAGCUAUGCUUGCUAUUGACAGAGCAAGAUAUUGCCAUGAACCAGAUCCUUAUCUUGAUCGACCCAGAAGAAUUGGUUAUAAUGUUACAAUUAGUGCUCCCCAUAUGCAUGCAUACGCAUUGUCUAUCUUGUCUGACCAACUAUCCGAUGGAGCCAAGGCAUUAGAUGUUGGAUCAGGCUCUGGUUACUUGUCGGCUUGCAUGGGGUAUAUGGUGGGCUCGCGUGGACGCGUGAUCGGUAUUGAUCACAUUCCAGAACUGAUAGAAAUAGCGACAAGAAACGUUCGCGAAGAUUGUCCGCAUUUUCUUAAGGAAGGUCGCGUGAAAUUCAUAGUGGGAGAUGGCCGAUUGGGACAUGCUGCUGACGGCCCUUACAACGCGAUACACGUUGGAGCUGCAGCAGAAGUUUUACCACAACAGUUGAUAGAUCAAUUGUCUCCUGGUGGACGAUUGAUAUGUCCAGUUGUUACCAUUGAAGGUUUCCAAAAACUUCAAGAUUUACUCCAGGUGGAUAAGAAUACGGACGGUACGAUUUCGAAGAAAAAGCUAAUGCAAGUUUCCUACGUUCCUCUUACUGAUCCUGCUACUCAACUACUUAACGAUUAUUAGUGCAUAAUUCGAAAGCUUUAGAAACGAUUUAAAUAGUUUUCAGUAUUAAAAGAAGUUGGUCGUUAGCGAUAACAAUGACGAGAAUGACGAAGACGAUGAUUAAUAAAAUUAAAUUUAAUACAUAUAUCCUUUAUCAUGCAUGAUACGAUGUCCAUGAAAUAGAAAUUUUUUAUUCGUACGUGUAUUAAUAAAAUAUAUUUUCCGUA